UAUCAGGUCUGGCCCAGCUCCAGCCCUCUGACGUUCCUGAGGGGCAGAACUCUGAACUUGUACAUGUCACUUCCAUGCAAGCCGUGUUGACCAGAGACACGGAGCCGCUAUUCUGGUUGCCAUAGCUCCAGCUGAAUUCUGUCGCCACGUAGAAGGGCACAAGGGCUAUAAAAUAAUUCGACGAGCAACUUCUCACAUACUGCGCACACUUUCGAAUGCGCCUUAACGUUGGGCUAGCUGAGCUCUGCCGCCAAGCGGCUCUGAGUCAAGAGACCAUUCUGACAAACAGCAAAACUCAAGGAAGAUCCUAGAAAGAGGCGUCGGGGGCCACCAUGACCCUCCCAUUCCUGGCUCUGUUCUGCGUUGGGCUGUGUGCUGGCCAAAACCUAAGAAGAGAUGGGUCACUUCCCAGGCCCUCCAUCCGUGCCCGGCCCAGCUGGGUGGUUCCUGCCAAUAGUACUGUGACACUGCAAUGCUCCAUUCCUAUCCGUGAGGUCAUUUUCAGGGACAUAAAGUUUGCUUUCAGAAAGAACAACGUUUCUUUGGAGUCCUUGCCAUCUUCUGAUUCCCCAGAGGGCCUGGCAGAGUUUCAUCUCAGUGACAUAAAACUCGGUGACGCUGGAAAGUACACCUGUGAUUACAGGACAGGGAGCCCCACCAGAAGGUCACUGCUCAGUGAUGUCCUUCUACUACUGGUGACAGGAGAACUACUUAAACCUUCCCUCCACGCCCGCCCAGGGUGCAAGGUGACUGCAGGAGAAAACGUGAUUCUGCAGUGCCAGCUACCCAAGAAUGUGAUAGAACCUCACAUGUUUGCUCUACUGAAGAAAGGAACUUCAACACCCAUAAAGCUCCAGGGUCCAGUAAAAACGGAGACAGACUUCUCCCUUCCAAGUGUGACUGUCAAUGAUACUGGGGCCUACAGCUGUGUGUACUACGUAGAAAGCGCUCCUUUCUACGCCUCAGAGCCCAGUGAUGAGCUCACGAUCUCGGUGACAGGCACCCAAGGCAUGGACACCACAACUGUGGAUGAUGAAGCAACGAAGAGUGCCACAAGCACAGAGCUAGCGACGCUGGAAUGUGGCUCCAGCCACACUCCGCUACUCACAGAUGAAACGGAGUCUCCUAAGAGAGCGGGAGCAGCACUAGGAACCACGGAAAUCAUCCUCAUUGUCAUCGUCCCCCUACUCUUCCUCCUCACAGCCUUCCUCAUCUGCAAGUACACCUGCUGUGGGGCAGCUCUUAAAAAGAUGACCAAAAGCUCCCAUUCUUCUAAGAAAGCUGAAGAAGUGGUGACAGAUGCAUCUCCAGCUACGCAGAGCUGCUCUCCUGCCCUGGAUGAAGGAUCUCAGGUGUCAAGAGCUGAAGAACCUCAGGGAGUGACGUAUGCUGAGCUGAACACCAGAGCCCUGAGCAAGGGCCCCUCCAGCCAGGUGCCACAGUCCCCGGAAACCUGCGUGUACUCGGCCCUCAAGAUGUAGCAGGAGGAGACCUGGCACCAGGAAGAACCUCGAACAAGGGGUGGACCAUGGGGCAGAGGGCCCUUGGGGGACUAGGCCAAUCUCCACUUCAGGCUUGUUUCCUCCUUCUAAGAAAGUAAUGUUUAUUUUUUUUUAAGUGAGAGAUAUCACUGACAUAGAGUGAUAUGCUGAAAGGGGACUCAGGACGGGGGUUCUGGUCACUGCCGGGAAGGUCAACCACGUGAUGAGAAGGUGGGGACCGGAGCCAGGUGCUAUCAGCCGGUCCUCUGGGGAAGAGGGAGGCUGGGGAUGGACUCAGUUGAUGGGCAACAAUCCAAUCAACCACGGCUGUGUGAUGACAUCCCAGCGAAGAUGCUGGACACGGAGACUGGAAAGCUUCUGGGUCGGUGACACACCAUCAUGUGCUUGGAGUGUGGAUACAC